AUGAAAUAUUAUAAGCAAGGCGAAUUGCAUUGUUACAUAGGAAUUUGGUUGCCCUUUGUAAUAUUAAUCUCAAUAUUUGUAUUCCUGUAUGGAGUGUAUAUGAAGGUAACAAUUGUGAAUAAUAUGAAAGACAUACUUAUUGCCUUUAAUAAGAUCAGAAUAUAUUUAAAGACCAAUAGUAGAAUUAAAUACUUAUUUGAUUCAAUUAGUACACAUAAAUGACUAUGUCUUCAGCAAUUAGACAUUGGUAAUAACAAUAUCAUUGCAUACAAUUCUUAUUCUUUAUAUAAUUUCAUUAAUAAGAGUAGUGGUAAUAGAACCAGGGAAGGUGCCUUAGGAAUGGUUAAAUAAAAAGGAAGGUGAAAUAAAUAAAAUGAUAGAGAAUGAAGAGAAAAUGAUACAUUUUAAUAAAAAAGGGUCUUAAACAUCCACUUCAUUUUGUUCAGAAAUAGAUGAUGAACAACGCUAAAAAUUAAAUAACAAAGCAAGAUUAGAAUUAAUAUAAAGGACUGGUCGUCGUUACUGUAAGAAUUGUUAAACUUUGAAACCCAAACGUUGUCAUCAUUGUCGUUAUUGUAAGACGUGUUGGUUAAAAAUGGAUCAUCAUUGUUAAUGGCUUAAUAAUUGUAUAGGUUAUAACAAUUAUAAACUAUUCAUCAAUUUACUUGGGUAUUCCUGUAUGAAAAUUAAUUUAAUUUAGGGUUACUUUUAAGUUUUAUAAUGAUUACUUACAGUAGAUGCUACUAUGACACAUUAAAUUCAUAUGCAUCUGAUGGCAAACUGUUUUUAGUAUCUUUUACUUUUUUGUUUUGCUGUUUCUUGUGGAUUCUUUUAACUGCUUUCACAAUAUUUCAUUUAUGGUACUGUAAUGCAUUAUAAUGAGAUAAAUAGGGCGAUCAAAAAAAACAUCACAACCCUUGAAUAUUGUGAGAAUAAACCAAAAGAAUUGAUUUAGAAUAGUAUUGUAGACAAUUUUACAGAAGUGUUUGGUGUCAAUCCUUUAAUUUGGUUCUUACCCAUUUAACCAAAUACAAAACCAAUCAUGGAUUGA